AUGCUGCUCUCGCGAAGAAGCACCUGCCUAAACAACUAUUCGCCUCUUCCCUUCCCAUUCCCUCCCGCAAAGGCGGCGACCGCAACAGCAGCGCGGUACCCACAGCAUAGCCUACGCCGGCUCAGCACACAACCACAAGCGGGCGGCGGCGGCGGUAGAACACGGGGGUGGCCCAGCAGCAGCAACUCGGAGCGAAACGGCAGCCCAGCGGCAGAAAACGAAGAGGGUUUCCUGCAGGCGUUAGUGAAACGCCCGCCGCUCAGCGCACCGGCCCGCGGAGGAGCGUUUCGGGUAGUUAUCGUCGGGAGGCCCAACGUCGGGAAGUCGACGCUGUACAAUCGGCUGGCCACCCGGAACAGGGCGAUCGUCACGCCCAUCGCCGGCACGACAAGAGACCGAAAGGAGUCAACGGUGUCCCUGGGGGGUAUGACGUUCGAUUUCGCCGACACCGGUGGUCUGGAAGAUGGUGCAGACGAGCCUUGGAAAGCCCCCCCAGGGACACCUCAUCCCGGCAUGCCCCAAGUGGUACUGAAGAAGACCGAGGAGGCGAUCGAGGACAGCGACAUCGUGCUCUUCAUGGUUGAUGCUCGACAAGGGGUAACGGAGGCGGAUCGCCACUACGCAAGGUGGGUGCGGAAGCGGCAGGGACGGCACCGCGGAGUGUACGUCGUGGCCAACAAGACGGAGGGACAGCUGACGGAGCAGAUGUCCCAGACGCUAGAGGAGUGUGGCAGGCUGGGGUUCGGCGAGCCGCUCGCAAUUUCGUCGUCGCAUGGCGACGGCAUGGCUGACUUGGCAACAGCCCUGGUCCCCCACUACGUGGAAUGGGAAAAGGAGCAGGAGGUGGCAGCCGAGGCGGGGUUGGAGUCCAACCGCCCCCUGUCGGAAGAAGCGGAGGAACCAGUUCAGCUGGCGCUGGUAGGGCGACCGAACGUCGGGAAGUCGUCGCUGCUUAACGCGGUGCUGCGCGAGGACAGGGCGUUGACUGGACCGACGCCGGGGCUCACCCGCGACGCGGUGGCGGUGGAAUGGACUUGGGGAGGGAGGGCUGUCCGGCUGGUGGACACCGCUGGUAUUAGGAAAAGCGGCAGCCGCGACACUUCCACUCCCCUCGAAGAGUUGGCGGUAAAAGAUUCCAUGAAUGCCAUCCACAAGGCCCAGGUGGUCGUGCUGGUCCUUGACGGCUCUGAAGGCAUGCUUCGAAAGACAGAGCUGUCCAUCGCCUCCAUGGUCGCGACGGAGGGUCGGGCGCUGGUCGUGGCCGCAAACAAGUCCGACCUUUCCGGGGUGUCCCCGGGGGAGUACGCGAAGGGAGUGAUCCGACAAGUGGAGGAUCUUAUGCCGGACGUUCGGGCACCACCGGUCUUGUCGGUGUGUGCUCUAGACGGCUUCGGCGUGGGGAGCCUGAUGCGAGCAGUCAUCAAGGCGCGGGAGCGGUGGCGAGCUCGCGUACCGACGGCCGUCCUGAACCGCUGGCUCCGCAAGAUUGUUUUCUUGCACCCGCCCCCCCGCGACAGCACAACGGGCGGCGCCUGCUCCCUCAAGUACCUCACCCAGGUCAAGAGGGGGCCGCCGGAGUUCAGGGUGUUCGUGAACCAUCUCUCGAUCCCGGCGGAUUACCAACGAUACAUCACCAAAAACUUGCAGAAGGAGUUCGGGUUCCACGGCAUGCAGGUCCGCCUGUCCCUCAAGAAGUCCGUCAACGUCUACGACCCGGAGGGGAGGGGCGGCUCCGGCAAGGGCCGGCCUAGGCGCAAGUUCGGCAAGAAAGGAAGGCUGCUCCCUCUGCCCCCUUCCCCAACACGCUACCGACCAGGCUCGCACAAAUGAGCGUGUGUCAGAUCAGAUCAACCGACGACACUGUUAGGUUGUGGUGCCACCGAGCUCGUGUUUUCUUUGGUUCUUCCUGGAUGGCGGCGUGAGUGCGUCCGCAUACCAUGUGUAUCAGCGCUCACACGAGCCUUGCCAAAAAGUGCGGAUGACACCCAUCCCACCGGAGAGGGCGCGUAGAAUUUGGUUUGACGGGGUUUGCGGGUGCAGAUAGACGCGAACCCUUCGGGGAGCGCACUACGCGAGUCGCGACGGUGCAACGAGGCUACAAUAUCGUCACCGAUCGCCCUGCGCAUAAUCGCUAGUCGGGUUUGCUGGAGGGGGGGUUGCGGUGUAGAUGCUGGUGUUUAAUCGAUUUUCAGCGCCCACCAUGGUUCGCACGAAGUGAGGAAAGUCUCGGUUGGGGCACUUUGGACAUGAUGAUGCAGACGUCAAUCGCUGUUUCCUGUUCGGUUCCCAUCGACCCGUCGACUAGCGUGGGGGACGGUAGCACUCUGAAUAUCAACAGCUGACCUACCCCAGGCAUCCCUCCAACAGCCGUUUCUAGCCGCGCGGAGUCGCCAUUCUUCCAAGAUUGUGUGAAUAGUACAGUAAACAACGAUUAUUCAGCGAGUGUGGCGAGGUCGUGCUGAUUCCGAGUUUGCAGUGCACAAAGUGACAACGAAUACCACGACGGGAAAGUCUGUUACGAUUCCGGGCUGCCAAUGAACGCGCACGCACGUCUGCGUGUGCGACGCGGGCGGACUUCCCCGCACC